AUGAACACACCUAUGAGCCUGCGCAUGCCUCAUGUGUUCUCCGGCCCGGAAGCUUUUUCGACCCGAGAUGUCAAAGCCCAUACGUUCAAGAUGCACCACGACGUGCACUUCGAAUACUUCCCAGAUGUAGCUCCACCAGCCGACGUCAACGGCGCAUGUGCGUGUGAGGGCUGCGGUGCAGAGCCCACCACUCCUUUUGCAGUCCAGGCCUCCGCGCCCCAAGCAGAUCAUUGGCCUGUCACUGGCACUCCGUUCUCGCUCGAUGUCCUAGUCCGCCCCGCAGCACAAACUCUCAGCCGUGACGCUACACUCUCUCAGCUCUCCAAAGCCACCAAAAAGCUAUCUGAACUACCUAAACCAUCUUCCACAAAAAUGAAAUCGAAAUGGCAAUGCGGCAGCGCUACCUUCGACAAGGUGGUACUCACAGUUGAACCCAACUUCCGUGCCGCCACCUCACCCUCACCACCGGAUCACAGCGACAAGGAGUCCCCAAUGCUAGAAUGGAAAGACCUUGUCCCCAUCUUCGGCGACCGUGGCCUUGGUGGCUAUCUCCGCGACGCAGCACCUCAUCAAUUACUGGAGAUCCAAUUCGCGGUCAUGCGUGAGGAUUUCGCACAGCCAAUUGCUUUUGGCAAGGUGAAGAGGGGUAAGCUUCGAGGUGGUAGCGGAGAUUACUCCGGAGAGGUCAAUGGUCCGCGUACUCCGGGGGUACCACGUACACCUGGGGCGGGAGAUGGUUUACUUUGGGCGGACUUGAGUGAUAGGGUGGGGAGAGAUUUUCGACCGAGAUAG